CAUUGUUUCCUAUCAAUUCUCAUCACCCACAGAAAUGGCUACAAUGUUGUGCAUUUUCUUUCUAGUUUGUCUUAGCUUUCCACAAUUCCUUACCAAUGCACAAGCACCAGGGGCCACACCGUCUAUCUUGCCGAUUACAACCCCAGCUGCACCCUCAAAUUUGCCAACUGCAACACCGCCUCCUACCACACCAUCCGCACCAACCACUUUGCCAGCUGCAACACCACCUCCUACAACACCAUCUAAGUUGCCCACUAAAACACCACCUCCAUCUAGCGUACCAUCUGCAGCGACACAGCCGCCACUAAACGCAGCAACCCCCCCACCUGCCACAACUCCCAUAUCAGCACCACCUCCUAAAGUUGCACCAACUUUAAGUCCAACUGUCCCACCCCCUCAAAUUCCGCCACCACAACCACCAAAAAUUACACCCGUCUCAACUCCGUCACAGCCACCAGCAUUGCCGCCACCGCCAGCCACUUCACCACCACCCCUAGCACCAGCUUUACCACCACCACAGAUAUCACCAGCACCAGUCCAAGCACCACCAGCGCCAGCCCCUGCAAAGGAGCCACCAGCACCGGCACCAGCACCUGUGCCACCACCACCAACACCAGCACCAGCACCAGUUAAAGAGGCGCCAGUUCCAGCACCGGCCUUAGCGCCCUCACCUGCUCCACCUUCCCCCAAACACAAGAAGAAGAGGCAUCACGGGCAUAAGCACAAGCACAAGAAGCAUCAUGCACCAGCACCAGCACCAACUGUUCCAAGCCCCCCAGCACCUCCUACUGUGGAAGAAUCGGAGGAAACAACACCAGCACCGUCACCAAAUAUGAAUGGAGGACAGGCACUGCAUCAGCAGGGAGGAAGGUCUGGAACGUGGAUGAGCACUGGCGUAGCAAUUGCAAUUCUGGUGGCUCUUACAUGAUACAAUUCCUAGAAAUCUUAUAUAAUGAGCCAUUGAUUUGUUUGUUGUGCUGAGAAGAGAUGAUUAUUUCAUUGUAUAAGAUAAGAUCAAUUCAAAAAUUUCUUAGAUACAGGAACGAAUAAUAAGGAGAUUGAGCCAAA